AUGACAGAUAAGACUUCAAAAUCAUCGGAAUAUGAAUAUGAAUAUCAAGUACCGGAAACAAAUUUCCCGGCUUCUCCUGAGGUUCAAUUUGAAGUUUUUAGUGAUGAUAGUGUCGAUUACAGUGGACAGUUUAAUCCCGAAAUUAAAUUUAAAAGCGACGUUGAGGCAAUUCAGUGGGCGAAACGAGUUGCCAUUCAUAUUGGGUUCGAGCUGGUUAUUUCUUCACACAAAAAUGGGGGAACACGAAAGCUUUUGAAAUGUUCUCGGGGUGAGCGGUAUAGAGGGCUCACAAAUUCAAAAUUAUUUAAACGGAAGAAUACGAAGACGAAGGCGUGUAAAUGCCCUUUCGCGAUUAUGGUGCAGUUGAAGGGAGUUGAAUGGAAAGUCGUUGCAAAAUCUGGGAGUACUAGUAUGCAUAACCAUGACUUGUUUGUCUAUCCCGAGGGACAUCGUCAAAUGAGUGGACUGAGUCCCGCGUCCAAACAGAUUGUGCGAGAUAUGAGCACGGCACAGGCUAAGCCGUGUGCUAUUUGGGCGUCCCUGCAGGAGAAAAAUCCAUCUGACAAUCCAACCAGAAGACAAAUUUACAACUAUAGAGAUAAUUUGAGGAGGUCGGGUUUUGAGGGCAGGGACGUGGUAGGCCAGUUUUAUCAUAUGGCUGUGGAGGGCCGUUAUGUGCAUUGGACGCUUGCCGAUUCGGAAACUAGUGCGUUGACUCACAUUUUUCUGGCGCAUCCAGAUUCAGUGAGGUUACUCCGAGACUACCGCUGGAUCAUCGGUAUGGAUUCCACCUACAAGACUAACAAAUACAAAAUGCCUUUCUUUGAGAUUAUCGGGAUGACUCCGUGCAACAAGAACUUUAUUAUUGCGUAUGCAAUUAUAAAAGAUGAGACUCAUGAGAGUUAUAGAUGGGUAUUAGAGAGACUGAGGCUCUUGAUUGAUGAUGAUGUCCACCCGACAGCUAUUGUUACUGAUCGAGAGUCAGGGCUAGUUAGACCAGUGGGAGAGGUAUUCCCACGUACUUCUCAUCUACUUUGCACGUGGCACAUCAACAAGGAUGUGGAAGACAAAGUUUUCAGAUUAUGUGGGUUAGAUAGAGGCUAUGCAGAGGCAUUCAAGAACGGAAGGUGGAAAAACAUUAUUGAAGCUCCCACCGAGACAGAGUAUAAGGCGGCUGUGAUUCUCAUGAGAAAUCGAACUAGAGCAUUUCCGGCUGUGGCACAAUAUGUUGAGAAGACAUGGUUGGCACACAAAGAAAAGUUCUGCUGCGCGUGGACGAAUAAUGUGAUGCAUUUUGGAAACACCACUACAUGUAGAGUGGAGAGUGCACAUGCUCAGCUGAAGCAGUGGCUUAACUCUAAUACCGGUUCACUGGAUACAGUGUGGACGAAGGUGGAUAUGGUUAUACAGUCACAGCUCAGCGAGAUUCGGUUCACACUCGAGCAGUCAAGGCGGAAUGUAGGCUCCCGACGUCAGGGUUUUCCAUUCAACUACCUGUCGUGCAAAGUCUCACAUUAUUGUCUGGAUUUAAUCGAUAAGGAAUUGGAGCGUAUGAUAGAUUUGAGUACCGAUGUUCAUGAUCGGUGUGGCUGUGUGCUGAGGUCGACACAUCAGAUUCCAUGUGCAUGUGAGCUGAGAGGAGUGAUUGAUUCAGGUAUCCCGAUCAGUGUGGACAGUAUCCAUCCCUUUUGGAUGCAACUUGUUAUUAGUGAUGGGGUGGACACAUCCAAACAGGCUGGGUGUGUUGUUGAGUCAGAGGAUCUCCAGUAUUUUCGAGGGAUCGUUGGGGAGGUGAUGACUCAGGAUCGCUCUGUGAUUCGCGAUAUAUCCCUUAUGAUCUACGAUCGACUCCAUCCAGAGGAAUCAAGUUACGGUGAACCCGAGGUGAAAACCGAUGUCAAAGGUAGACCGAAGGGGAGUUCAUCCACCAGGCGGAACCCGAGUCGGUGGGAGUACAGUUUGAAGGGCCGUGGGCGUGGGCGUGGGCGUGGGCGUGGCAGUUCAUCUCGAGGCCGGGGUUGCGUCACUCCUACAUCAGAUUCUAUCAAGUUUGAGCACCUUAUUCCGGAAUUCAUUUUGCCGUUCGUUACAGCGUGUACUGAUGUAGAGCCGGACGGCAACUGUGGCUUCCGUGUUGUGGCUGAUUACAUAUACAGGAACCAAGAAAGCUGGGAACUGGCAAGAAAGAACAUUGCAAACGAAUUAGCUGGCCACCGUGAACGGUACAACCACGCUGGUAUUUGCCUCGAAGGGAUCGACCGGGCCAUCACACGUAUCACGUGGGCAGGCGGUCAUUGCGACCUUUCACACUGGAUGCAUGUAAUGGAUGACUUGUUCCCUAUUGCCACUCUUUUCAAUGCAGCAGUGUUUUUUAUACACGGGGGGAAACGCGGAGAGCCACAUUGGGGUAGUUGUACCGUUCUGCCUUUACAUGCUUCCGAGCGCCACACACGGCCUAUAGUAGAGAUGGUCAUCCUACAAUUAGGAAGUUACGCUCACUUUGUUCGUUUAGAUUUACUUGGCGAUUUUCCUGUCCCACCUAUACACUCGUUGUGGUCUAGGCACUGCGAUCAGACUGUUGCAACUUGGGGUACAUUGUAUGAGAGUAGGAUAGCCCAGUGGAGGCGAUUGUCAGGUGCUUCUGUUUGA